AAAAUGCGUGCCCACUAGGAUACUCUUUUGUUACGGCCUCGAUUUCGGGGUGAAUUGUGAUAAGUUGAGUGAUGACUUGGUAUUGAUUUUAAGGAAGUUUAUGGUGAUGGGUUGCGCCUCUCGUUGUUUCUCUCUCCAAAACUCGGCCGCAACUGGUUCGAUUCUCCACCCUCCUCCCCUCUGCUACCGCCUUCGAUCGCCAGUCAGGAAGAUUAUUAGAAUGUCAGCUACUCAAACAGAAAAUCCCAGAAUAUCAUUUGAAUCCUUGCCAAUAAAACCUCCUUCACAUCCGACCUAUGAUUUGUGGGGUGUCAUCAAGUCAGCCAUUACUGAGGAUGCUGGGGAUCGAGGUGAUGUGACAUGUUUAGCUACCAUUCCAGCUGAUAUGGAAGUAGAAGCCCAUUUCUUGGCAAAGGAGAAUGGUAUAAUUGCCGGAAUUGCACUUGCGGAGAUGGUAUUUUAUGAAGUUGAUCCAUCUUUGAAGGUUGAGUGGUCUCAAAAGGAUGGAGACUCUGUACAUAAAGGCCUAGGUUUUGGAAAAGUUUAUGGACGGGCACACAGUAUUGUUGUGGCUGAGAGGGUAGCUCUGAAUUUUAUGCAGAGGAUGAGCGGAGUAGCAACUUUAACUAAGGCAAUGGCAGAUCUUGCAAGUCCUGCAUGUAUUUUGGAGACAAGAAAAACUGCUCCGGGUUUACGUUUGGUGGACAAGUGGGCGGUACUCAUUGGUGGAGGUCGGAAUCACAGAAUGGGUUUAUUUGAUAUGGUAAUGAUAAAAGAUAAUCAUAUAUCAAUUGCCGGAGGCAUCACAAAUGCCCUGAAAUCUGUAGACCUGUAUCUAGAGCAAAGGAAUCUUCAGAUGGAGGUUGAGGUUGAGACCCGGACGUUUGAGGAGAUAGAAAAGGUAUUGGAAUAUGCAUCUCAAACAAAGACUUCCUUGACGCGGAUAAUGUUGGAUAAUAUGGUUGUACCACUACCAAAUGGGGAUGUUGAUGUAUCCAUGCUCGAACAAGCUGUGAAAUUGAUUGAUCGGAGAUUCGAAACUGAGGCAUCUGGUAAUGUCACUCUUGAAACCGUACACAAGAUUGGACAAACAGGGGUUGACUUCAUUUCUAGCGGUGCACUGACUCAUUCUGUAAAGGCUCUAGACAUCUCCCUCAAGAUUGAUACGGAGUUGGCCCUUCAAGUCGGACGGCGUACAAAACGAGCAUGAUCGAGAAGUUAUCGGCCGGGUAAGGUGGUGACUUUGAAUUUGUCAACAAUUGGUGCAAAACCCUCUUAUGGUAGCCAAAUGUAUCUUAAAGACAGGCAUGCCCCUUUCGCUUGACCUCGUGCCGCCAGACGAGCAACACGCCCUUUGAAGUUUUGAACAAAUCUUCAACAUUAUACUACCACCCCAAUUUGAACAAGUCUCAUGUCAUGAAUUGAGAUAUAUUCUGCAGCAAUUUCUGAAGUUUUUGAUUCCCAUUUGACAAAUGAUAAGACGACGACGGCGCAUGCAUCCUUGAAUAAUAGCGAUUGAUUUGUCGACUUAAAUAAGAAAUAGUUGCUGCUGUAUUGCUUACCUAAUUGCUGUUGUACUGCAAAAUACAGUAGAGCUUGGAAAUAUACAAAGCAUUUGACAAGUUUAUGCAAUACGAUCCAUUUAUCCUAA